ACAUGCAGAGAACCGAUACUAUCAGUAUAACAACCAUGGAAGUGGUAUUCGUGACGCAAACGGGACGUUUAUCUAUGCCAGCUUGCAGCAAGUGAAAACAGUCGAACGCUAACACUCAAUUCAACCAAGUUUCCAAACACGUUGAAUUCGAUAUACUAAGCACCGCAUCGAUCAUUUUGUUUCAAUUAAAGUGACUCUCUACACCUUUCUAGUGAUUAACUAUUAUUUACUUAAAUCAAUUAGAGCAUAGUGACUUUUUUAUUAUUACUUUUUCGUGACUAUACAAUGUGUGUUAACCAACAAUACACCAUGGUUCCCGCUGUUGUUAAUUUAGUAGCCACAAAGGGACGUGAUACUUACGCUGGAUUUAUUAACGAAUUUGCAUGCUUUAAAUGCAGAAACUUUUCGUCCAGCGACAAAGACAUAGAAGUAGCAGAUGUAUGGAAAACACGCGGUAAACCAGUAAGGUCUCCAUCCCCACACAACGCUUUCAAAAGAUGGCGCAUCAAGGCUAAUCUUAAAGCAGCUGAAUCCAAAAAUGGAAUUGAAGGAUCUAAAUUGGCCGUUAAUUCGAAAGAUAAAAAUGAAGAGGACAUGUCAUUGCUUAAAUUCUUAGCAAUUAACGCUUUGGAUCUCAGUGCACCAGCUAGCGAUGUCCUUUUAAAAAGUCGUAGUACGAAUUGGUUCCAGCUUAGCGGCCAUCCAGAUAGUUUAGCACCAGCAGGACCAGGCACCGUCUGGAAAAAACGAUCCUCCAAUUCAGACGACACCGAACGUAUUGUGUACGAAGAAUUAUCACAAGAUCCCAAUCUCUGCGAUAUCAUACCGAGAUAUUACAGAGAAGUUGAGUACCAAGGAGAGACAUUCAUUGAAUUGCAAGAUUUGUUACAUGGAUUUCAGGAUCCUUAUGUAGUAGAUAUAAAAAUGGGUACUCGCACUUUUUUGGAAUCUGAAGUUAAAAAAGUGGCUGCUCGACAUGACCUCUACCAAAAAAUGAUUGUAAUAGACCCUCAAGUACCCACUCCGGAAGAACACAAAGCUAAAGCAGUAACUAAACUACGUUAUAUGCAGUUUAGAGAACAUCAAUCUUCGACUUGCAGUCAAGGUUUUCGUAUUGAGGCUAUGAAGUGCAGAGGAUCACCUCCAGUAACUGAUUUAAAGAAAGUCAAAUCAAGAGAAGAAGUUCUGAAUACUUUAGAUAUGUUCUUAGGAGGUAAAGAAGAUGUAAGACAAAGAUUAUUAGCGAGACUGUGUGAGAUUCGCUCUAAAAUUGAAAAUUCCGAGUAUUUUAAGACGAGAGAAGUAGUAGGAAGCAGUCUUUUUAUUAUAUAUGAUGACACAAAGGUUGGAGCUUGGCUUAUAGAUUUUGCGAAAACUAGUAAACUACCAGAAGGCAAAACAGUGAACCAUAGAACUCCUUGGGUACAAGGAAAUCAUGAGGAAGGGCUGCUGUUUGGCUUUGACAAACUCAUUUCGAUAAUAGAAUCUAUCCAGAAUGCUCCUUCUGAUAACCAAAAGGAUCGUUUUACCAAACCUGUAGCAGCUGUCAGUGUAAAAUCUUGAAUAUUGAUUUUACAAAGGACCCCACCUCACGUUUGCGCUCUCUAGAUCCUUGACUGGAUCUCUUGGAGGAUUGUUUUCAGUGUUCUGAUUCUAGGACACGGUGUUGAAGGGUGAAACCCUGACCAGUAGGUCAACUUUUGAGUGUCGAUGUAUCCAGCCUGAGUGGCAAAUUGUAUUUUUUGUUUUCAUUGAUAAAGUAUUAAAAAUGUAAGCGAAUGUUUUCCUUUCUUUUUUUGAUAUUGUUUGUCAAUUCUUAAUGUUUUCUAGUCAAUGCCCCGUUUUUUUAUUGUAUAGGUAUUUAUGAUGUAGGAUUAAAUUUUAUAUAUUCAAGAUUUUUACUUGAAACAUUUAUGUAAAUAAUUGUAAAAAAUGGAUUUUGUAUGAUUAAAUUAAUUUUUUUAAUGUCUAUGUACUUAUGUAAUAAAAAUUUGAAUAGAAA